AUGACCAGAAGAAGCAAGCUAGAACAGCUGGAGAAGGAAGUCCAGACUAUCAAGAAUGCCGUCAACCCACACCCGGCCUCCUCCACCGUCCCCGCCCUGCCAGCUGCGGCCCUCCCGCUCCCGAGCCCGGACACGGCGUACCCCGCCGUCGGCGUCUUCUCGGACCACAACCGCCCACCCCCAUCCGCGUCGCGAGUGAGCUUGCCGGCUCUUUCACCCGUACCCCAGACGCGGUCGAUGGAGCAGGUCCCGACGCCGACCCUCACAUCGCAUACGACGCCGACGGGGCCCGUGAGGCAGCCCGCGCAGCCGCGGGCGCUGGGUUCCAAGGUGCUGUCUGGUGAAGACAUUGACUUUUACUUUGACCAGUACCUUGAGCACUUCCACCCCUACUUUCCCAUUGUCCGCUCCCAGGACCCGGACAGGAUGUACAAGCAGAGUCCUGUCCUCUUCUGGACGCUCAUCGCCGUCUCGUCGCGGCGGUACACGAGGGACGCAGAGCUGUUCCCGUUCCUCGCCGAGAACCUGCCCCGCGAGGUCUGGGCCGCCGUGUCGACACCGCCCAUCAGCAUGUCGACCGUCAACGCGCUGCUGGUUUUGUGCACGUGGCCGCUGCCGACAAUCCGCUUCCUCAACGACCCGAGCUCGUCGUACGUCGCCAUCGCCCAGAAUGCCGCACUGCUCCUGGGCAUGCAUACGGGCCGCGGUACCCAUCCCGAGUUCUGCAUCGGGCCCAACAGGCAGACGGACAUUACGGACGAGGAAGCCUGCUUUACGUGGAUGGGGUACAACAUCCAGGCGCAGAGGGUUGCGUCGAGUAACGGGCUCCCACCACCGGCUGGCUUCUUCAACGAGGCCGUGAACCGGGCUGCUGCCGGGAGAUCGCUCCCAGACGCCCUGGGAUACUUUGGGCUGCUGUACGAGAUGCAAAAGUUCUCCAACAGGCUGAGCCGGACCAUGUUCUCCGUCGCGGAAGAAGGUGAGGGCGUGCCCGACACCGUGAUCCAGCUGCUGGAGGAUGAGUUGAACAAGCUGCGGCAGCUCCAGUCCCGACACAACUCAGACCUCGACCUCUUCACCAUCCUCGCAGUCCAGUUCGAGCUGCAGUCCUACUACUUCACUCCCCUCUCGACCGUCGACAAACACACCUUCCGGAACAACGUCAACCGCGCCUAUAGCACGGCCCAGGCUCUUAUCAACCUAAGCCUGCGCCUCGAUGCCUCUUGCCGCUUUCUCGCCCACGCGCCGCAGCACAUCUUCCGCACGAUCCUCGACGCCGUCGCCGUUGUCUUUGACGUGCUGAUGUCCGGCCACGCGACUGACGUCGAGAUCGCCAACGCCGAGGUGUCGAUCAAAAAUUCCCAGGAGGCGCUGCGCCGGUGUUCCGUACAGGAGGGGGACUUCGCGACGCGCGUACUGCGCAUGUUGGAGAGCUGCUGGAGCCUACGGCACAUGUUGCCCGCGCUGGAAGCGCCCAUCUCGCGGUACCCGCACCGUACGGGCGCCGUGAUAGCGUUCGGGACGCUGCGAAGGUGGAAGAAGGAGCUGGAGCAGGCGAGGGUUGAGCACGGCGGGCCGGGUGCGGCAGCCAGUGGGCUGGGAGGGGCAGGCGCGGCAGGGACGGCGUCGAUAACGGCGGUGGGGGCGGCGGAUGCGGGCAACAAUGGAACGGGCGGCGUAGUGCCGACGAACGACCUCUUACAGGACAUCGACUGGUCGAUGUUGAUGGACGAUUUCGACUGGACGGCGGGCGGCGGAGGAGAGCCGAACUUCCUCGGGCUCUCAUAA